AUGGAGUUGAAUGAUUGCCAGAGAGUCUCUUGUGCAAUUUAUUUACUCAAGAUGGAUGCACAGAUAUGGUGGGAUGUAAUUAAACAGACUCGUGACUUGAAUACCAUGACUUGGGCAGAAUUCAUCCAGGCUUUUAGCAAGAAGUAUUACAGUGCGACCGUGCUAGCAACCAAGGUAGAUGAGUUUGUAACCCUGGUACAAGGAAAUCUAUCUGUCACUGAUUAUGCACAAAAGUUCGAUAGGUUGGAAAAAAUUUCUUCUGAAGUUGUGCCAACUGAAACUCUGCGAGUCCAAAGGUUCGUAAGGGGAAUCAAGCCAAUGAUCGCUAGGGAUGUUAUGAUGACCAAUGCUAAAGUGUUUAAUUAUGCAGAAGUACUUGAUAGAGCAGUUAAAGAUGAAUAUUUGGAAGAUCGGAUAUGGAAGGAUAAUGCUUCCAGAAGGGAGAACUACCGAAACAAGGGCUUCAAUGAGGGUAACAAAAUGAAAGCUAAUGAAGGGCAGAACAAUGGCACUGAUAAGAGACCAAGACCUCCGACCAUGAAUAACAACAGUCACAACACUCAGAACCCAAACAACCACAACAAUCGCUUUAAUGACCGGAACCGUAUCAAGGCAAUCGAGUAG